UAUAAUAGUAAGAAAUUUCAAAUUAGCCAACAAGAACAUUUAUUAGUACCAACUUAUCAAGUUAAUACAAAUCAAACAGAUCUGGCUUUGAAUCAACUAUUACUUAAUCAUCUUAUAAAAAUUAGACAAAUGCCUAAUAUUAUGCAAUUUAUAGAAUAUGCAAAAAAAGCAAUCGAUUAUGCUAUUCAGGCUUAUAAGAUUGAUGAACUUGUUAAUCAGCUUGAAAAUUUUAUUGAAAAAACAAAAAAAGAACUUUUUAAUAAUCAAGUAAAUACUAAUAAUAUUGUUAGUGAUCCAAUACGGGUGAAUCAUAAAGGGCGACAACCUAAAAGGUAUAAAUCAGGAGGUAAAACAGUGCAAAACAAAAGGCAAGGACUAUGA